AUGAAGGUCUUCGGAGCUCUUAUCAUCAUCUUCCUGCUCUCCAAUAUGGUUCUGGGUAAUGCACAACGUCGGCUUGCAUUCCUCGAACCUAAUUGCGGAUCAGCGGAUUAUAAAUAUAGAGGUAGAGUAGCAAAUGGUGAAACGGCAAGUGUCCUAGAACAUCCUUGGAUGGCAACCAUCAAAUUGGGAGAAUUCAGGUGGAAGGAAUCCACUGUAAAUGGCAUCGAAAUUUCUGCAAUUGAAAAGAUAAGUCAUCCACAAUACGAUCAUCAUCCCAAUCAUCCCAGCAAUGAUAUAGCCCUCUACAAACUGGCCAGGGCAGUGACAUAUACAAGAUAUAUCCGACCUGUUUGUCUGCCGACCAACUUCAAUCCUUUGGCAGAUACCUCGUAUUUCACUGUCACUGGUUGGGGUGACACGGAAGAGGGAUUUCCGAGCGAUGUGUUGAAAAAAGGCGUCACACAGCAACUCGAUCGCCGGGUAUGUGGGAUUAGCGGGGAUAUGUCCAAGAUUUGUGCCGGAGGCUCUAGCUCUAAUACGUGCCAGGGAGACUCGGGAGGACCAAUCACGGGCUUUUAUUCUACGGCAGGCACAUACAUUGUCGUCCAGCUGGGUAUCGCCAGUUAUGGAGGUCUAACUUGCCCAUCGAAUGCAGUCUAUACGAAUGUGAUGUACCAUAUAGACUGGAUCAAGGAUAUCGUUCAAGGGGUUCCCAACCUACAAUCAGUUGAUCCACACAGUCCUAAGAUGAAGCUCUGCGGAAAGGCAUUACUGGCAGUGUUGGCCUGCUUUUCGCUAUCUCACGGCCAGGAUGCAGGUGAAUUUCUGGAGGAACCCUGUGGACUUCCUCCGCAACGAAACAAAUUGGUUGGAGCCCAAGUAGCCCAGAUAGCUACCACUCCAUGGAUGGCAAUUAUUAUUGGUUCGGAGGGUUUCCGGUGUGGCGCCUCUCUGAUCACAAGCCGUUUUGUUCUGUCGGCUGCCCACUGUCUCGGCGGCGGACCACUCAAGGUGCGUUUGGGCGAGUACGAUCGAGAGACGGAGCAGGAUUGCAGGCACUCGUAUUGCCUAGACAAAGCCCAGGAAUUCGAUGUGGAUGCCACGUUCAUCCAUCAGGCCUAUCAACAAGAAAGGCAUGACCUAGCUCUAUUGAGACUGUCCCCGCGGGUCCAAUAUACAGCUAACAUCUUUCCCAUUUGUGUGCUCCUGAGACCCUCGGUUCCCAAUCUGGAAGAUCAUGUUGUCAAAUUCAGUGUCUAUGGCUGGGGCAAGACAGAGACUGGACAAUCAAGUCCGUUACUCCGAAGGACAACGCUAUAUAAUCUGAACCGAACCGCCUGCGCAGAGCAGUAUCCGGAUGCGAACAUCGAUCGGGAUCAUAUUUGUGGUCAACGCUUUGGUGCGAGUACUUGCAAUGGUGACUCUGGCGGUCCCCUGGGUGCUAGAAUAAUAUAUAAUCGCAAGGAUAUAAUGAUCCUAUUUGGAAUUGUUAGCUUCGGGGGACAGAUUUGCGAGAAUGCCACUGUUUUUACAAACGUUAUGGCACAUUUGGAUUGGAUCCGGAAUAUUGUUCGAAUAGGAGAGACAGUGUAA